UCACAAAUUGACAUAAUACACAUUUAAAGAGUAUAGUAAGAAAUUAGCAAAAUGGCCGUCUCAUAGAGGAAGAAACAAAUUGAGGCAAUGUAACAUGGUGGAAGGGGAGGAAAAACUUCGCCCAACUAUGUCGGCAUUGGCUAUACUGUCAUGCCGUCCAAACUCACAUCCGUUUCAAGAGAGGCACAUUUCAUUGCAUGAAGCAGUCAAGAUUGGCAGGUCUGUGGCGCGGGCCAGACCCUCUGCCAGUAAUGGAAUAUUCGAUUGUAAAGUGCUGUCCAGGCACCAUGCCAUGUUGUGGUAUGAAGCGGGAAAG